CCGUUUAAUUAAAAGACGUGGCCAAUGCACUCCUCUUUACGAUUAUUGUAAUUCAUAUUGAUCAAUUAAGGCAGAAGUUCUGCACCUACUUUUUUGUUAAAGUGGGCUAUUGUUGUCACUGGUCGGAGCAAGUACCAAUACUAAAAUGACGUGCUCAAUUUAUAAAAAAAAGUUUUCUUACCUUCAAAAAUUCGUUGUACUUGUUGUGGACAUAUGUGACAAGGGCACAAAGGCGGGUCUAAAAGUAAUUAACGAAGGGAAUGAGCAAAGAACUGGGCUGGAAUACUGUCAACCAGUGGAUGGAGAACAAAAAACUAAGAUUUGUCCCCGACAAAACGAAGGUGGCCCUCCUAACGGUACGGGGGAGCUAAGAAGUGGUCACCAUGGACAUACUAGGACAGACACAAUAACACUUCUUAAGUCGAAGAUUUGAUCGUUGUUGUAUGCACUUAGCGUUUUGUAUUUUUUAUCAUACUUAGUGUCUUACAAUUUGCCUAACCACAGGGGUAUGUCAUCACAAGUUGAAGGAAAGAGAAGAAUAUGCGAACAGCACAAUUCAUAAUGAUGAUGGGAUCAUUAAGAAAUUGGAGGAAUUGUUCUACUGGCACAACAUACCGGAGAGUAGCUCCAGGAGACUAUUAUCGAAGGCACGGAGAUACAGAAUACCACGACUACCUCGUCAGUGGGCUCUCGGGCCCGAUGAACUACCGCUGGCGACAGCAGCUGGGAAUUUCAAGGUGCAUUCAAACUAGUGAUGGAUACCCGUAAAGAAUAAAAAAGGCGCCCAUUGUUGUCAUUCCCAAGAAGGAGUAGGGGAAAGUCAGAUGAUGCCCGCCAUCUGUCAGGUCUGGUUGAACUUUCCUCGCAAGUUGGUUUCGUGAAAGGUAAAGACACGAAGGAUACCCUGAAAAAAAUCCAUUCUUUGGUCAUGAACGCUCACAGGAGGUAACCGUCUUGACCUCUCUGGGCAUGCGAAACGCACCUCCAGAGUCAUCCUAAGAGCCUGCAGGAUCAAGAAGUGCCCUGCGUCGGACGCUGUGACAUCUGUAGGAAAAGGAUGAAUGCCAAGUGAAUUUGUAGGGGCGAAAACGUAUUCGGCGCUGGUAGCGGGUACUGUCCCAGAACAGUUGACCUACCAGGAGUGAAAUUAGACAAGAACCAUAUAGAACCGCGAACCGCUAUAGUGUAUAAAGCGCUGUGUAGAAUUACGGUGGCCCUCAAGAGGGCGAGGGAGCACCCACCCUAGUUCUAUAUGUAAUAGGCAUUCCUCCUUUGGGACUCCUGGUAAGGAGAGAGGGACAGGAAGAACCAGGGGGGAUCGUGGACAAAAACCCUCGUUCCAGAUCUGAGUCUAUGGGUCUGAAAGAGGUUUCUCACCGGUCAUGGAGAGGUGGGCGAGUAUCUACACUGGAUAAACAGGGGGGUCACCGACUACGGAGGAAAGGAUAAGCUCGCGCAACGGUAGCGUUUGGUGCUCAGGGUCGAUGAAUGUAUCAACCCGCAGACCAUCGUGCUUCUGAUGCUCAAAAGUGAGAUGUGGACGCGACCAGCAAGAUGGUGAGCCUCCAGCACAAUGCGCUUAAUUAUACAGUCGGUAGCAGGAAACCGCCGUACGUUAUUGUACAAUAUCCUUAAUUUAGUUUAUGGGCUUGUUACAAUUUUUAUUGCCGUGUUAUCCAAUUCAUCACUAGGUACCUCAAUUUUAAUGGUGGUUGUGGCCUUGCAUGUGCGUUACUGUGUAAAUCGUUUUUAAUUCGAAGUACAAGUAGCUGUUACAUAGUGAAAUAUUUAUAGGUUUACAGAAACUUAACGCCCACUACAGGCAAAAAAUGAAAAUUUUCUGAAAGAGAGCUGCAUUGUGUGUUGCCUAUGAUUGUCCUCAAUAUUUUGGAAUAACUACAAAUAGACGGUCUUGCAGCAACUUUAGUAUCAUAAGUGACGGUGAUUUUUUUCCUCUAAUUGCCACCAAAGCGGUUCAGCGCUUUUUAGCCCUUGUUCAAAAGGCUUUUGACAAAUUCCUAGAACCAACUGUAAACUGUAUGGUCCAUGGGAGGCGCUUCAAGCAUUUUCCAGUAGCGAAGAUAAAGACCUAUCUUCUGCUUCGGAAAACCGCCGGUUGCCGCACAGGACGCGAUAGCAACCACCGAAUAGUCAAAUCCGCCGCCACCGCUCGAACCAAUGGAAGAGACCGCAGAACCUGAUUUAGCCUCGCAGGUUGCUGAAGAACAAGAUGGCUUCCAACCUGCGAAAUCAAGCAAGAAAAAGAAGAAGCCGCUCAUCCCCGUCUACGAUUCCCUAGACCUUUGGUGGCGAAACCAGCGAGUUAAGACCGAACCCAGCUCCUCAAAGCGAGGCUGGAACCGGUAAAGGAACCAUGAAACGUAAGAGCGACACCCAACCAAAGUUAAAGGCGGCGCCGGAACCUGGUAGCGAGACCGGUAACCGUAUACGAACAGAGGCGAUGGAACCCGUGUGUGUCCGAGAUGAGGCGUACGUCUUGGCCCGCCUUCCGAAGUCGUCUCGAAGAAACGAUGACGGAGCGGGCGGCCGGCGAAUUUGGCACGAAGUUCCGGGUUGGAUCCAAGACCUGAUCCUGGAGAAGAGCCGAUCCAGAGUGCGCUUCCAACAUUCGUGGGAUCCGUACGUUACACCGAGUCCAGUUCCGAGGAUUUCAAGAAAAGGUCAUCGGCCACUUCAGAAAAGAGUCUUGGGAAAACCUCCUGCGAUCCUUGAGCGAGGAUUGAUCCCUCUGGAAAAUGGUCUUCGCGGAGUAUCUGCACCGUACGAAAACGCGGAACUUGACUUUAUCGACGCCGUCAACCGAAUGGCCAGGAGAUCCCCACGACAAAACGAAGAAGCGAUGCGGGCCACGACCGAAGAAGUAUUCUCCGACGCCUCCAAGAGGACAUCAACACCGUGGUACCCCGAUGUCAAAGUUCAUCGCUGUUUCUUCCCCUUUAAAAUUCAGAAAGGACAUAACAUCUAUCAGAAAGGGGUUCGACGAUUUCCAGUAAAUUUUGGCCUGUAAAUACAAUACGAAAAU